CUCCACACUGCGUCAAGGGUUUCCGGCGGCCGGCUCCUCCGCGCUCCGGCACCGCCUCGACAGCCUAGAUCUCCCGUACCCCCAAGGCCCCAACCACUCUCCCUCCUCCACCUUGCUCGCGUCCGGCAGGGAAAUGGCCUCGCCCUCGCCGCUGGUGGAUUUCCCCCAGCACCUCCUGGAGGAGAUCUUCCUCCGGCUGCCCGCUGCGGAGGACCUCGCCCGCGCCUCCGCCACCUGCGUCACCUUCCGCCGCCUCGUCACCGACCGACACUUCCUCCGCCGCUUCCGCCGCCUCCACCCCCCGCCAUUCCUCGCCUUUUUCGACUCCCACAGGCUCCAUCCCGCCCUUCCGCCCCACCCCUCCGCGCCCGCCGCACGGGCGCUCGCCCUCGCCGCCGACUUCUCUUUCUCUUUCGUCCCAUCACCCCACUGCCGCCGGGCCGGCCGUUGGGCCGUUCAGGACAUCCGCGACGGCCGCGUCCUCCUCCGCCACACCCCCUUCGCGGACCUCGCUGUGUGCGACCCCUUACACCGGCGAUACAUCCUGCUUCCCCCAUUACCUGAAGACUUGGCCGCUUUGGUGGCGCACCCAUACGUGGUAUUCAACCCCUGGUGCCAGCCUUUCCUGGUCCCCCUCGAUGAGGACGCCGCGACCACAUUCCGAGUGAUCUGGGUGGUACAUUGUGAAACUAUGGCCGCCGCCAUUGUCUUCUCUUCGAGCACUGGACAGUGGCAAACCGCGGGCGAUUUGACCAGAUUGAUCUCAGCGACUGGGUAUACGCUUCUCAGGCGCCAUUACGCUUACCACUGCUUCUACUGGGAACUCAACCCAAUUAACAAGUUGCUCAUGCUCGACACCGGGACCAUGGAGUUCUCCUUUGCUGACCUCCCACCUGGAGAAUGGGCUUUGAAUAUAGCCAUUGUGGAGGCAGAAGGCAGGCUGGGCAUGUUUGGUAUCUUUCAUGAAACUGCAGGUGAUCUCUGUUAUUACGUCAAGGGAAACAAAGGUGAGAGUUCUCAGUGGCAGAUCGACAAGACAAUCUCAAUAGGUUCUGGGCACCGGCAUUAUAUCAAAGCUGCAUCCAAGAGGUACUUGCUCCUCGGAAAGUAUGUAGUCCGGCGGAAUGUAUCACCAUCGGUGAGUGAUUCUACUAGCAUUUUGCCACCUCUGGAUAUGCCAGGCGAGGAAUGCAUUUCAAUAGAUAUCAAGACGCUGCAGCUUGAGAGGGUUUGUGUCAGAUCUUUCGGGUUUGGUAGGUACGGAAUGCACAUAUAUACCAACUUCCCACCAUCGUUGCUGUCUGCACCAACAAUAUGAAGUGAGCCAAUCGACGAAGUCAUAGUUAGACGAGCAUUUCGUCCUCGGAACCCCAAGCUGAAUGUGGCGCUGUGAUUUGACAGUUGCAAGGUCAGGGUGCUAGCAUGGCUACAAAUUAAGAAGCUUUAUCGCUGUGGAGGCAUGAAUACCGAUUGAUAUGUUGAUGGAUUGAUACCUUAUGGCGUGUGACUUUGCCAUGGACCUGAUGGAUUGAUACCUUAUGGCAUGUGACUUUGCCAUGGACCGUUCGUUAUGAAUUCAUUAUAGUACUGUUUAUUGUACUCCAUUUGAUAUAGAAUUUCUUGA